AUGGCUGAAGGUGGGAAUAACUGCUACUUUUAUUCUCCAUACGCACAGCAAAACUACAACAACAUCUUGUGUUUCUGGGAAACGCAGCCAUUAGGCUGUGUGAGGAUCAGUUGCAUCUUCCAUCAUAGCAAACCUCGUACUAUAAAUGGACUUUUUCUACCACCUAGUAGCAAUACUGUAUUUCAACAGGAAGGCCAAGAAGGAAUUUUGAAUUCAGCCCAUAGUCAAGAGUCGCUCAAAAUUCAGGAGGCUUUUUUAAGACCAAUUCACCCUCCAGUGAUUGUAGACCUCAGCCAUGAUGAGGACGACGAAGAGGAGGAUGAAGAGGAGGAUGAAGACAACAAGAAUAAUAUUUCUGAUUUGUUGGAAAAGACUGCUGAAGACAUUGAAGAGGAAAGAGCAAUAAAGGAAAUGUGCUAUAAAUCUGGAGAAUAUUACAGGAUUCAUUACCCUCAGGAACACCAGUCAACAGAAAUGGUAUCUCCAUCUCUAUCUUUGGAAAAUGAACAAUUACCAAAGCAAACCAUAGAGCAUGAUUUGUGGAAAGGUGACAGUAAUACAAUUCCUACAAAAUUUAAUAAUGUGGAAAGAGAGAGAGAGACUUCAGGAAGGAAAGUAUCAGUGCAGUGUAUUAGCAGAACACAUGAUAAAUCCUAUGAAAAUGAAGGAGGUGAUUAUUUUGCGGCACGGAGAAAUAAAUAUGUUAAUGGACAAAGAAGGGAGGCACAACCUUUUGAAAAAACACCAACUGCAAAAUAUUCAAAUAUAAAAGCAACAAACAGCUCUGACCAGGUGAGGAAAUACCACUUCAAGGGAGUAAAGAAAAAGAAAUGGAUUUCUGAGGAGCAAAAAAACUCACCUAAUACAGGAACAGGCAAAGGAAUUCCCACUUCAUACUCAAAAGUUACAACAAAUUACCAACGAAAUUAUCAAAGGAGGGAUGAUGAAACUGCUUCGUCUAUUCAUUCUGUGAGACAGACUGAAAGAAACGCUUACAUCAAUUCUGCAGAACCUCGAAGGUCAGCGUAUGUUUUCUAUCGUAAUACCAGAGUCAUAGAGGAACCAAAGUGUAAUGGAUAUACAGACAAGUAUUCUUCAGGAUCUUACAAUGCACCAACUUGGCGUAAAAGAAAUCCACAUGCGAAGACAUUCUCUAAGUUUAAAACAACCAGUCAGAACCAAGCAGAAAUGGAGAUGAAGAAAAAAGGAGAAUGAUUCAUUUGCAGCAGAAAGAUAUGAAGCCAGUACUUCAACUUUGAAGAAAAAAUUUAAGAGGAAAGUCACAACUGGACACAAAAAUGAUAAAAUAAGAUGCAGGAAAUACACUCUAACAUUCAAAAACAUUCAAAAAGUAUAUUAAAAGUAUGUUCUGUAUGUGCACCUAUAAAGAUCUUCAGCCUGCUCACAAAAUUUAAACUGCUUUGAAAAUUUGGCAGUUGAGUUUUUUACAGACUUUGGCUAUAUACUGGAAGACUGAUAGUGAAAGAUCCUAAGAAGAUCCGGUCUGUUUUGUCAGACAGAUGCUUUAAUGCAUAAUUAUUAAUAUGAAUAGAUUUUAUUAGUUGUACUUGGCAGUUUCAUAGGACUUUGAAUGUAAGCAGCAAUACUGAUGCAUUCUAGAAGAUGUCUGUGUUGCUGCGAUAACAACCUUGAUAUUUCACCAUUUUUGCAAGAAUUAACUGCAAUAUGUUUCUACACAUAUUUUAAACAAAUGUAUUAAAGAUUUGAAAAGGACAGAGACUUUAAUAUUGCUUUCUGAAGAACCAAACUGUCUAGAUGUUUGUAAUGAACAACAGCUUACUGAUAUUUCCCUAGAGGACAUAAAUUUGUUAUAACAUCUUUUCUUCAUUUCAGUGAUCGUUGUUGUUGUUCUGUACAAUGUAUCAAUUUGGUUUCUUAUCUGUAAAUGGAGAGAAUGGGGUUUGAUCACCUUCAUUCUAUGCUUAGUUCAGUAUGUCAAACAUUAAAGGGCAAUGUGUGAAAAUACAUUGACUGCCACACCAGAAGGCAAAUGUAAGCAGGAAGAAGAGCCCAAAAGAGGAUCUUUAGAAGAUAAAGACAAAUGCACUCAAAAAGUCAAAAUACAUUUGAAUACUGAAAAUUGCAUAACUGUGUGCCGUGUAACAGGAAGAGAGUUAAGAAAAAGGGGGCCAGGAAAGGAAUUAUCUGUUACACAUAGAAUACUGGUCAGUAGCCAAUGGAUGUGCCUAGUACUGAAUAGUUACAAAUAUAUGAAAAUAUUUCUUUGUCUCAAACAUUUUUCCUUUUUUAAAUUUUUUUUUGCAUUUACAUGACCCUUGGUCAUUCUUAGAACAUAGUUUUGGGGAGCAAAACUAUGUUUUGCUUCAAACCUUUUUGGGGAACGCUGUGGUCCAGUGGCAGCCACAGCUGUGAAUAUAAAAGCAUUUUAUUUCCUUGCAACAUCAUUUUGACUGAACAACUGAAAUUAUAUUGGAUGCCUUCUGGGGUGCCUUCUACUUAAAAUUACUGUAUUGUAAUAUGAGAAAUGUCGUCAUACUUUAUUGAAAAUAUCUUGCAAAAACAGGGUAGUGACAAAACUUUUAUAGCUUUUAGAAAUGUAAUUUUAAAUAAUAUGAAUGUUAAAAAUGCUGUAAUUAUUGCAGUUGCAAUAUUUUUUUGCAAUUAUUGCAACUGCAAUAAUUAAUUAUUGCAGUUGAGCACUGCUUUCCUUAACUGAAAAUAAGUUGCUUAUUUUAGUUGAGAUGCUGAAAUUGUAAAAGACACGAAACAUCUUUUUAAAAUCAAUUACUAAGCAUACUGAAAAUGUCUCCCUCUCUCUAAUGAAAUCCUGGAUUUUCAAAUUGUACACACAGUGCCUUGCAGCAAUGUUUUGUAUGUUGUCUGCCUGAGGCAUCUUAAAAUCUUGAUUUGGAGGGCUAUUCUGCCCAGAUAUUUUUUAAAACCUUGAAAAAUACUUUUAUUCUCAUUUUUUCUCUGCUAUCUAAAUGUAAAUCUUACAUUUAGUGAUUGUUCAAUCUCUCUGUAGUUUACAGUAUUAUAUUUAACAAGACAAUAAAUUGAGCAGGGCUCAAUUAUUAUUCUGGUCUAUUCUCUCUCUCUCUUUUUUUUUUUUUCAUUUAGUAAAAAAGGAUUUCAAUAUUUAACUUUUGCAAUUUCAUAUUUUUAUUUUUUGUUUGGUUUUGAGAAUAGCAAAGUUCAUACUAUACCUUAACAAUUUUAUUUUCAAGUACAGUUAAUACUGUUUGCUUGCUCAGGUGUUAAGACUAUUGAUUUUCCUUAUUGAUGUACAAAAAGUGGAAUUCUGAGGUGUUAUUAUAAUUAGUAACAAUCUGUUUGCCAGAAACUUACCCAAAAUUACCAGAAAGAGCAGAUGGAGAUAGAAUUUCUAUUCUGCCCAGUGUUUCAGCGUUAGGUAAUGACAGAGUAGACAUUGCAACAUUUUUAGACUUCCCUGGUAAAUUCAUACUUAAUGAAACGUGUUGGGAGUACUGAAUGGUGUGGAAAAAACAUCAUUAUGGCUGACAUAAUUUGGAUUUGAAGCAAUAACAAAGUGAGCUCUCAGUCUCCAAAUUUAUCAAACAGUAAAUGGGAAGUAACUUGGUUUAUUACUGUAUGUAUUUCCAUCCAAAUAUAUAUGGUGAAAUCUGAGAAAUCAUUAUGACAUCUGAAAACAUAAAUAUUCCUCUUGAUUCUCUCACUUAAUUGUAUUUAAACCAUUAGAGCAGUGUUCAUCUGUGUAUUUAUUAUAGUUCUGAGAUAACACAAAAGGAAAUGAGUCUUAACCCCGUUUUCUUUUACUGGAUGUAGAAACAACCAGUGACCAAAAGACAGACAGGUUAGAGGAGUCUAAUGGUGAGCCAGCUGGAGCAGAGACUGUGCUUUAAUAUAUAGCAUUGUUACUAUAGUAUGUUUAAAACACAGUGUUUGUAUAAAGUUUGAAAU